CACCGCGUUGAGUCAUCGUUUUUUUUUGUGCUAAUCGUAGAAAACAAAAAUCGUUAAAUUAGUGGAAAAUUCUUAAUUUUCUGCUAAAAUUAUAGCUCAGUGUUGUUUCCGAAAGUAAGUACACUACCCAAAACGUGAAAGUUAUCCCAGAAUUGACAUCAAUUUCCUGACUGCUUCUUUUGCACCAUCUGCGGAGUGAAAACGUUUGGCAAACGUAGCGAACAAGAUGGCCUCAUCACUGAACCGAAUUUUUACCAAAAAAAUCGAUCCCACCGUCUACGAGUACGAAGCCGAGCAGGAGGAAGACGAGUUUAUGGGAUUCAGCAGCGGAAGCGAAACGGAGUCGAUUUCCGAAAGAGACAGCGAUGAAGAUGGAUCGCUGGUCGGGAAAAGGAGACGCACAUCCGGUGGCGUAGCGCCCGCGUCUCGAAAGACAGAUGAAGAACGCAAGUUAAUGCGAAAUCCAACCAGACGACCGAAUCCCAAGAUUUCCAACCGUAAUGCGUUGUUGGCACGGGAAAACCGCCGCCGCAAGAAGGAACAUGUCGAACAUUUGGAGAAGGAAGUGGAUGAGCUGAAGGAAUGCAACGGCAGAAUCCGGAAGGUGUUGAAGAAAAAGUGCAAAUUGGUAGACCAGCUGACGCGAGAGAGAAACUAUCUGAAGAGCGUCAUUGCAAAUAGAACGGGAAUAAUGGCAGUGUUGAAAUCGGUUCAGCGAGCGGGAUUACCGAUGACUUCCUCUGGAUUGAGCUACGUGACGGAACCGAUGAUGCAACAGCCGCAGCAGCACCAGCGACGGAAUGGAAGUAGCAGCGACGAAGGUCUCGGAUCUUCACCACAUUCAAUGCUGACGGACGAGGACAAGUUCAACCCACACGAUUUAGGUAUGAUGGGGGCAGGGCAGGAAGUGCCAUUCGAGGAGGAGUUCAGUCGACUGCCCGACGUGGAUGAGUUAUUGUCGACGAUGGCAGGCGGAGAUCGAUCCAGCAGUAGCAGCAGUGAGCAAGUAAUUACCACAGAGCAUAACUAUUUCGAACACAGUAAUCACAGCUCGUUGGAAUCAGGUUCCGCAGCGGGAGCGGGCGUUUGCAUCCACAUCGUUCCCGGGGGACGUGUUUCGGUGGAGUUUUGUGCGUCCUGUGCGCUAAGCUCCCAGCGAGCCUGGCUCGAGGAAGCCGAGGAACGAUGAAUCAGGUUUAAGUAGAAUGUCGGUAUCAUUUUUUCUAUACUUCUAUUAUUAUAAGACACAAUCUCACGCAUUGUUAUUGAUAGGAAUGCGCUACUUAGAGGGCAUGAUAGGUCCAACUAGUUUCCGUUCUUUUUUGCUUUUGUUAAGAAGAAGGAAGAUCUAUUAUUAGGGCUACCACAUGAAUGAUUCCUUACCCUUCCUUUUUCUAAUUCCCAUAUAUCUACUGUUAUUCAUUACAUUAACAUCUCAAUAGAACCGCUCAGUAUGAGGAGAAAACAAGUUGGAGUAAUGACAUAUAGAAUAAAAGCUCAAGAUUGCCCAUGUCGAAACAGGAAAAAACACGUUAUUAGUUAAUGUAUGUGUUGCAUUUUCAGCUGGCUGAAGGGCACAGAAGCGGCUGGAAGAAAGAGGGAGCAACUUCAAGCUAACUGAUGCAGAUUUUCAACGGCUUUUGUACGGAAUAAGCCGGGCAAUAGUGGAUCAGCCAACCCCUCGGGAUCGCAGCUUGUUCCAAUGUGGGACGACAGUUUAUCCCUCUUCUCUAGACUCUCGUUUGUUCCCUAAAGAAUGUAUCGAACCAAUGUCUUCGUCAUCCGACGAAAGGGUCGCAGCAGUCCAACUCGACGGAGCGGUGAAAUGAGAACGUCCCGAAUUAUGGCAGAGACACUCAUUCCACCCGGGGAUCGUCGAGUUGGACUCGGCCCUUCCUACCGCUCCUUCACUCUGAAACACGUUGCUCUCAUGCCGCUUUCUCUGUGAUUGAAACUUGUUCUUUCAGAAAGUUGGCCGUUCAAAAGCUGGAAGACGCCACCAGAGCCAAGCCAGGCCAGAAGCGAUCGAUACAUUGUAACGGCUGUGCCUUCUUUUCGGUAGGUAUUCUAUUGCCAUUAUCUCCAACUUGUCCACACAUUUGUUGAAUAAUUUCUAUAAUAUUUUCACCAAACCGAACAAACACAACCAACCGUUAACCGUUAAUGAAUGAAUCAAUGUACCUAAAUCUCAUCACUAGGACGAGAGAAAAGAAAAAAACCAAGAGUCAGAAUGUUUUGUUUCUUAUGUUAUAUAAAGAGUAAGUAAUCGGAUAGGAGAUAGAGGUAAGAUUUACGUUUUAGGCACUACAUACUAUUAUUGCAGAUUAUUUAAAUGAUAAACUACAUAACAUAUAUUAUUGAUAAUAAAA